AUGACAAGUCUGAACAAGAUUUUCUACUCUCUAAAACAUAAUUAUGAUUUUAUCCUAUUCAAUCAACCUUUCUAUAAAUCAUGGUUUGUGAAACCUGCUUGGAAUAAGAUUCCACUUAUCAAAAGUCAAUUGAGUAGUUAUGAUUGGAUUAUUUGGAUUGAUUCUGAUGCACUUGUGUUAUUGCAUCAAGUUGAUUUGGAUCAAAUUAUUGAGGAAUCGUUGAAACGAGAUCCGAAUAAGAAUAGAGAAAUUAACCUAAUCAUUUCAUAUGAUAGAAAUGGAUUGAAUAGUGGAAUAAUGGCUAUUAGAAAUUGUAAAUGGUCACAUCAGAUAUUGAAUAAUGUACUCAGUUGGAAAUACUUUCUCUAUUCCAUGCAUUGGUAUGCAGAACAAACUCCACUCGCUAUGGAACUCGAACAUGGAAAAUCUCAGAAUGUUCGAGUUGCCUUGAAAUCAUUCCUCAAUUCGUACAUGUAUGAUUAUAGGGAGGGUAAAUCAUUUAUAUUUCACUUGGCUGGAUGUAAUAAGUAUGAGGGAAAUUUGUGUGCCUCAAUUAUGAGAAACUUUUAUGAAAAUUGGAGGGAAAGGAAUGUCACCACAGUGGAGGAUAGAGAAUUAUUGAGAAAGACUGAAAUUAUUUAUGAUGGAGUGAGUGGAGGUGGAUCAUAA